AAUUCACAAAACUAAUACCCCGAUUAUUUCUCUAGUUAUGUAUUAAUACUUUUAUAUUAAAUCAAACAACUUCACAUUCUCUUAUCUAUUUCUCUAACUUUAAAGUUUUCAUUUUUCAUUUUCCCUUCUAAAUUGCAUAGGAACUUAUUCUUCUACAAAAUCUUUACACCAGCCAUGGAUGCUUUAAGAUCAGGACAAGGAGGCAUUCAAAUGCUACUAACAGCAGAGCAAGAGGCUCAACAUAUUAUUUCUAGCGCCAGAAAUUUGAGAAUGACUCGAUUAAAGCAAGCAAAAGAUGAAGCUGAACAAGAAAUGGCACUUUACCGCUCUAACAUGGAAGCUGACCACCAAAAUAGAAAAUCCCAGAUUAACUCAGAUUUUAUUGCCAAACAACUUGAAGCGGAAACACAGAUUAAGAUCCAAAACUUGAAGGAAUCAGCCUCAAGAGUCUCACCAGAUGUCGUUGCCAUGCUACUCAACCAUGUUACAACCAUUAAAAAUUAAUAAUGAGAUAUUAUGUACUAUCAAGAAUAAAGGAGUGAUUAGAUGAACUUGUUAUAAAAGUCUGUCUUAUGAGUCAUUUUUUGAAA